AUGUAUCGUUCACCCCUUGGGCAGGUUGCAAGAUUCCUCUACUUGCUUGAGUUGUGUCUUGGAUUUUUGGUCACACUGGGCCUCUCAAUAGUUAUUGGGUGUGACCACAACAUUAAUUUAUGUCUUAACUCGGAUGAUGCUCAAGACUUUUUAAAUCUACUACGUAGUUUUAAUUUUUAUAGUAGUGUUUCCGAGCCUACACGAGGUGCUGCCUCCCUGGACUCAUUUUUAACUAAUAUUGAUAAGUGGAACUAUGAUGUAUUGAUAAGUGAAUCUCAGAUCGCUGACCAUAAACAUGUUUUUUUCACCAUCAAGCAUUGGAGGCCACAGGUCAUAGAUUUAGCAAGCGGUCCGUUGAUUAAGACUGUAACCAUUAGAUCAUUCAAUGAUACAAAUUUCCAGUGGUUUGUGGAAUCUGUCGCAGUCCAGGUCAGUUCCUGGCAUGAACUUGCUCUAUGUUUUCCUGCAGAAGCUGCAUUUACUAGUUUUUUUCUUAGCUUUAAGAAGACAUUUGAUACUUUUUUUCCUGUGAAGCUGAAAAAACGUAGUCAUACGGGAGGGAACAAUGGAAAAAGGCAUUUGGCCCGAUCUGCAAACUGGUACACACCGGAUUUAGCUGACCUACGUAGUCUCAUUGGCAUAGUGUGUGAUAUGUCUAAGAGUAGGUCCAAUCUGAAACCUUGGGUGCAACAUCUGAGGAGGGAAUACCGUGCUAAGGUUAUGGAGGCCAAACAGGCUGCCGUGGGAAACUUUAUUGCGCAGUCUCAAAAUCCAUGCAAGGCAGCCUGGGACUAUAUAAAUAGGAGUAAGCACCGAGUGUCUGCCCCUGACACCAAUUUUGCCACAGCAGAAGUCUUCAAUAACUCUGCCAAGGAUCUUGUUAACUCCAGUAAUUUGUCUCUGGUAACUCUUCCUAGUGGGAAUGGGGACGCGUAUCUAACUUCGGUCCCUGUGGUACCUUUUAAUUUUGCGUGGAAGCUAGUUGCCGUGGAAGAAGUAAUAAAAGUAGUGCAUGGUUUUAAGAGUUCCAAGAGUAAAGACAUCUAUGACAUGUCUGUGGAUGUGUUAAGAAGGGUUAUUUAUAGUAUAGCUCCUGCUCUAACAGACUUAAUAAAUUUGUGUCUUUCCGAAGGUGUUUUCCCUGAGGUUUUGAAGGCAUCGAGGACUGUCCCCGUCUACAAGAAGGGUCCACAAAACGAGGUAUCGAGCUUCAGACCUAUAUCUCUAAUACCUAUGUUUGCCAAGGUCAUUGAGUCUGUCAUGCUGGAGCAGCUGUGCAAUUUUUUUGAGUCACAUCACCUCUUGGUACCAGCACAGUUUGGCUUCAGAAGGCAUAGAUCUACUGUCGAAGCUGUGGACUCACUUCUUCAGGCCAUUCUUAAUUCUUUUGAAGCAAAAAGUUCUACUGCUGUACUGUUAUGCGACCUUUCACGUGCCUUUGAUUGCGUGUCGCACAAGAUCCUCUUGAAGAAACUGGAAAGGUACGGUGUACGGGGUUGCGCCCUGAAAAUCUUGAAAUCUUACUUAGAUCAAAGGAAACAGUCUAACGCAGUGCGCCACAACCUGUCUCUCCAUAAAUGUUUCAUGCGUGUGGAGAACGUGAAGGGUGCCGUCUGGACAGUGGACGAGAUGGAGUUUUACAAACGUCGUCCGCAACGGUGCCUCAUCGGGUAUGUCUACCGGAACGCCAUCCGCACCAAUCUCUCUCUAUACAAGUGUUUUGUUCGAUAUGAAGAUGACUUUGGCUCUUUCUGGAUGGUGGAUGACGCAGAGUAUGUCAAGAGGCGGCACUUAUCGCGUGGCAUUGGUCAAUAG